AUGAACAAUGACUGGCAGAGUGUUGAGAAUGGUGCUGAGGUGCCGUUCAGCCGUGAUGCUUUUUCAAGAUCGCCUAUGCAUAUAGCAGCGUUGUAUGCAGAUGAAGAGACAUUGGACAAGGUCACUGAGAUGCACGGUGAGAAAAUGGCUGAGGAAUUGCUAGAAGAAGACGGACUCGGAAUGACGCCUUUGAUGUACGCCGACAGAAUACGCAACUGGAAAAGAUUGAAUGAACUUUGCAAACACUGCAGUGAGAAGAGCGUCAACUGGGCGAAGCAACUGCCUGUUGCCACUAAAAAGACUACAGGAGAACGAGAUUUCGCAUCUUCAAUGAUACGCGAGGCUGUGCUGAUGGAGUGGAAAGAUCUCUUGAAUUGCAUUUUGAAAGCGUGUGCAGUACUGAAGAAUGCCGAACGGCCCUUUGUUACGGAUCCUCAUGAGACGGGUCAUAGACAGAAAACUACUAAACAUCCAGGAAUCGAUAUUGAUACGAUUCAGUGCUUUCACGGACACUCUCCUAUCUUCCACGUGAAGUCUUAUGAAGUCUUCAAAGUACUCUUACCUUAUUCGGACAUCAGAGUUGUGGCGAAAGACGGCUCCACACUUUUACAUGUGUACGCAGCGGUGGGAGCACACGAUGCUUGCAAGUACGUUUUGAGUCGCCUUGCAAGUGAUGCGUCAAAUGCUGGUGGUCAGAGGCCGCUGCACUUGAGUACGAUUUUCCGUAAUUCGAAUAUUUUGCAUCUGUUAAUACCCCAUUCGACAUCAAGUGAUGCCCGUGACAAAAAAGGAAAUACACCUUUGCACCUGGCAGCAUAUCCUGGAUAUGUUUUUGAAAGUACUGAAGUCUGUCUAUGGCUUCCUUUGCAUGGAGUCUACAAGACGGCCCGGGUAGUGCAAACAGAAGUAAUGAAGAAGAUCCUUCCUCACGUGGACGUCACCGCUUCUAACUGCGAUGGCGACACUGUUUUGCACAAAAGUUCGUGCUGCAAUUCAAUGAGUGCCGUGAAGCUCCUCCUUCCCUAUUCAGACGUAGAUAAGAAAAACAAAGAUGGUGAUAAUUUACUCUUGAGCAGUGUUUCUAGAGGAUACAUACUGCGGAUAAGAGGCAAGGCAACGGUCAGCACAAGCUUCGAUGUGCUUUUACGUGCUUUUCCGAAAAUGCUUGGUGGCGUUACGAGAGAGUAUGAAUCGCGACAAGAAACGAGUCCAGAAAGGAAGGCAUCCGAAAAGGAAGCCGUCAAGGUCACGAAACUUAUUUUGCUCCAUUCAGUCGUUAAUGCUGUCGAUGAAGAUGGUUGCACUGCACUUCACCUUAGUGCUCGCACAGGAACAUUGGAUGCAGUAAAGCUACUGUUUCCUCAUCUUUCAGCCAAUGAUGCCGACAAACAUGGACUGACCUCGUUGCACUGGGCUGUCAUCAUGGGCCACUUGGACGUAGUCAAAUUCUUCCUUUCGAGAAUGUGUUUGAAUGGACGAGAUCACGAAGGCGUUACUGCACUCGUUCAUAGCGCUCUCCAUGGCCAUAUCGAUAUCGUGAAGGUUCUCCUUCCUAUGACAUCAGCUGACAUCCUCGACACGUAUGGAUGUAUUCCUUUGCAUUAUUCUGCCAUAGAAGGUUACACUGAAAUUGCUCAGUUUCUUCUUCCUCAUUCGUUUGCUUCAAAGGGUAUGAAACCGAGUUUCACCCCGCUGCAUUUUACCGCAAGAGAGGGCCACGUAGAAACAUCGCGUGUGAUUCUCCCUCACUCAGAUACUACAGUUUGCAAUGACAAUGGUGAUACAGCCAUACAUGUGUGCGCGGACAGACGUUACUGCGAAGUGGUGCAACUGUUACUUCCUUACUCUGAGCUGAAUGCCACGAAUAAAUCGGGGAAGACAGCACUUCUAGAAGCAUGUUGUAGUACCCACCGAUCGAAACAAGAAACCUCUGCGGAGAGCAACAGAAGCUGCAGCACACUUGGAACACAGAACAUCAAAAUGAUCAAACUCCUGCUGCUCCAUUCUGUCGUUAAUACUGCCGAUGAAGAUGACUGCACUGCACUUCAUCUGAGUGCUCGUACCGGAAACUUGGAUGUAGUAAAGCUAUUGUUUCCUCAUUUGUCAGCCAAUGAUACCGACAAAUAUGGACAGAAUUCGUUCCACUGGGCAGUUAUGGGGGGCCACUUGGAAGUAGUCAGAUUCUUCCUUUCGAGAAUAUGUUUCAAUGUACGAGAUCACAAAGGCGCUACUCCACUUCUCCACAGCGCUCUCUAUGGCCAUAUCGACAUUGUGAAACUUCUACUCCCUCUCAUAUCGACCGACGACUUUGACACAUAUGGAUAUAAUCCGUUGCAUUAUUCUGCCAGGGAAGGUUACACUGAUAUUGUUGAAUUCCUUCUUCCCCAUUCAUUUGCUUCUAAGGGUGACAAACAUGGUUGCACCCCGCUGCAUCUUAGUGCGGAGGACGGUCGAGUUGAAGCAACGGGAGCGAUUCUCCCUCACUCAGAUACUGUCAUUAGCGAUGGAGAUGGUGACUCGGCUCUGCUGUGUAGUGCAUUGGGAAAUUGUUGCGAUGUCGUUAAACUGCUGCUUCCUUAUUCGGAAGUGAAUGCCACGAAUAAAUGUGGCAUGACAGCGCUCGCGUACAUUUUUCGUAAGGAUAUCCAGCAGUUUGAGAAGAAAUCUGAAAACAGUGAGGAGAGCAAAGAGAGCGAAGUGCCAGAAAAGAAAGACAUCAAAAUGGUCAAACUGCUAAUCCUCCACGCAGACGCCAAUGUUGUUGACAAUGACGGACGAAUUGUAUUUCGACUGGCUGCCUCUCUGAGAUGGUUCAAUAUAAAGAAAUUAUUUCUUCCUCACUUGGAUGUUACCUCUGUUGGAAUUCAAGUAGCACACGGGGAUUCUGUGGAGCUGCAGGGCUAAUAAAAAAUAAUAGCAAUUCGUGCUGUGAUGAAUAACAGAGGGUCAGCACCAGAACAGAAGUGGGUCGGUUACUCAGCUACUGAAUGCAAGUGGCCUGGCACUGUUGCGAAAGUGAGAUACGUUUCUGUUGGCGUGUAACAAAGUGUGGCGGUACGUUGAUAGAUGUAAGUAACUGUAAGUGAAUGUUACUUGUAGGAUAGCAAGCGAUGCCCUUCCCCUUGGAAGAUGUGUGUUUUCAGUGGAACGAGUGAUAAUCAGUGUACAUAUAACAUAUUUGAACUCUUUGUUCGCCUAAGCUUCAGAGGUUUUUGGAUCUUCAUGUUAGAUGAAUAUCACCAUGUGAGUUUUUUGCGUGUAUCGCCGUGUAUGUGCAGUUUCAUUAAAAUGCUUGAACGGAAA